AGAUAAUAAAUACAAUCUAUUCUUUAAUAAACCGUAUCAAUAACCGUAAUUUAUUUCAUGGUAUACUCUGUCCUUAAUAGAUGAUAAUAAAAUACUCCAAAGAUAACAUAUUAUUUAUUUGAUUAUUUUGUCUUUGGUAAAACAUUUUUCUCUAUGUGGUUUGUUAUUUAAAAAUAUCAAUCAUCAGUGGUAUAAACAAAACCGGCUUCAUAGUUUUCGCUUCAGCAUAUUUAAUAUUAUCACAUUCAAUAAUCUGCUUUCUAUGUUUUAAUUUAAAAAUUUUUGUUUAUACUUUUUUAUUUAAACGAAUUAAUUAUUUAGAUUAUCAAACUUACUAUACUUAAUCUAUCUGAUUACAAAUUAAUAAUUAUUCAUUUUCAAAAAACAAUUUAAAAAAAUGAAUAGUGGUAUGUUAUAUGGUGGAGAUGAAAUUGGAGCCUUGGUGUUUGAUUUAGGAUCACAGUCGUUUCGUAUUGGAUAUGCUCAAGAAGAUACCCCAAAAGCAGAAAUACCGGCUAUGGUCGGUAUCUCAGAUGACGGUACAGCAGACACUAGUAUGCUAGAACCCGGUGUUAAGCAAGGAAAUCGUAUAAACGAAAAUACCAAAUAUUACAUAGACGUUAAUUCAUUAUGUGUUGCCCGCAAAGGUGCAUUAAAUACACAUUUCAAAAAUUAUAAACAUCUUUGAACAAAUAUGUUUGUUUUAGGCAUGGAAGUAGUGAGUUACAUGAAAGAUGGAAUGAUAGAUGACUGGGACUUGUUUGAAAAAAUAUUGGACUAUUCUUACUCAAAGUGCUUGCAAACAGAUUCACAGUAUCAUCCAGUACUGUUUACUGAGUCUCCAUUAAAUAUCAGACCUAAACGGGAGAAAUUAGUAGAGUUAAUGUUUGAAAAGUACAAUGUACCCGCCACUUUUCUUGGUAAAAAUGCUGUAUUAUCUGCAUUUUCUUGUGGUCGCUCGACAGGUAUUGUUGUGGAUAGUGGAGCAACACAUACUUCUGCCAUUCCUGUACAUGAUGGUUAUGUUAUACCAAGUGCCAUUGUCAAGUCUCCGUUGGGUGGAGAUUUCAUUAGCAUGCAGUGCAGACAGUUCCUUAAAGUACUUUCAUAUAUUUUAAAUUAAAUUGUAUUUAUUUAUUUAUUAACCUUUAUUCUAUAUAUUACAUAUAAAGGAUAAUGAUAUCGAAGUGCUUCCACAUUAUAUGAUAGCACAAAAAGAACAAGUAAAAGAAAAAGAAAAACCAAUAUGGACAAAGAAAAAACCAAUUCCCGAAGUGACAAAUUCUUGGCAUAAUUAUAUGUGCAAAUCAGUUAUUCAAGACUUUCAGCAUUCUGUAUUGCAAGUAUCUGAAAGUCCAUACGAUGAUAGAAUAAUAUCAGCACUCCCAACUUCUCAUUUUGAGUUUCCUAAUGGCUACAAUCAAGUAAUAAUUUACAUUAAUUAUUAAAAUAUAACUAGAAAUUAAAUAAACUCAUAUAUUUUCUUCAAAUAUAGUACAUAUUUUGAGCUAUUAAUAAACAUUUACAUUUUGAAUAUUUUACAUAAUUUUUAUUAGGUACUUUUUGAAUAAAAUUGUUAGACUAAACAGAAAUGCUUGAAAAUUUGAUAGAAGGUUUAUUAUAAAUCAUACUUGGUGGCUAAAAAUAAAAAAUUGAGUAAUGUAGAAUUUUUUUUUUAUAUAUAAGUUAUAAAAUCAAAAAGUUGAUGAGCCAUUGCUUUCAACUAACAGGUGUAAAUUAAAUAACUUUAUGUAUCCGACAUUCCUAACUAAUCACCUACAACAGUGGUUGCAUCUGAUCCCAGUAUCUGCACUUUUUUUUUAUUAUUUUAUGUACAGUUAAAAAAAAAAAGUUACAGUUUUUAGUAGCAAAAAAAAAUAUUUACUAAAGUUGUUUGUCAAUUUGCUGUAAUCAGGGUUGAUAAACGUGUAUUUUUAUUUGAUAUGUUUUUAACAUGACUAAAAUUUAUAAAACCAUGAUGUAUAAAAUAUACAAUAACAGUAAUAAAAUAAGCAAAAUUAGCAAUGAUAUGACGCUCAUGUGCUGUUGCGCAGUCAGCUGUGCGGUGCAGUGAAUUUAGCUAUUUUUAGUGUAUAUUUAUAUUUUUCCCUAAAACUUCGCAAAAUUUUUCAUCAUUGCCUUUCAUUAUGUGUAGAUGUAUAACAAUUUGUUCAAUUUAUUAUAAUAAUAUUACCAUCGAUAUGAGUAAACAAAAUAAGUUAGAUUUCUUUUAAUCAUAUAUUUUUUGAUUAAUUACAUUAAUUGUUUUUAAAUAUGUAUUAAUAAUUUGAUUAAUUGGUAUUUUUUAUAAUUUUAAUUUAACUUUUAAGCUUUACUGUAAAGCUAUUAUAAUAACAUCAAAUUAAUGGACUGAUGGAAUUUAAUUUUAAUUUUUAGGAAUUUGGUAAUGAGAGAUUCAAAAUACCUGAAGCUUUAUUUGACCCAAGUGCCAGUAUGGGUGGUUCUAUGUUGGGCAUAAGUCAUAUUGUUACCACUAGUGUAGGAAUGUGUGAUGUGGACGUGAGACCUGCUUUAUACAAUAAUGUUAUUGUGACUGGAGGAAAUUCAUUUUUACAGGUUUUUUUGCAAAAAAAAUUAUUUUAUUCUUCUCCUUCAUCCCAACUAUUAGGGAUGAUUCACUUGCCCUAAACAUCCACCUGACCUGAUUCCUUACAUUUUGCUCGAACAUCUGCCCAUCUCACGUCAUUCUCAACCAAACUACUUAAUUUUCGGUCUCCUCUGUUCUGCUAUAUUUAUUUUCUUAACCAUUCAUGCUGUUUUUGAUUUAUCUCUCUUCAUGUCAUACUCAAACUAUCUCAAUCUAUUUUCUCUCAUUUUGUCUAUUAUCUAAGCUAUGUCUAACUACCUCUUAUGUACUUAUCCUUAUCCUAUACACUCUUUUUCCUCUGCUCAUCUACCUAGGUAUUUUAAAAUAACAAAAUAUUUUAUUAAUAUAUAAAAUGUAUGUAUUUAGGGUUUUCCAGAGAGAUUAAAUCGAGAUCUUUCUGCUCGUAUACCAGCAAGUAUGAGAUUAAAAUUAAUUGCACCUAAUGGAUCUACCGAAAGGCGAUUUGGAGCAUGGAUUGGCGGUUCAAUAUUAGCCUCUAUUGGAACAUUUCAACAAAUGUGGAUUAGCCAUCAAGAGUACAAUGAAGGAGGAAAAAGUCAAAUUGAUCGCAAGUGUCCAUAAUAUUAAUUCUAAAUAUUUAAUUUUAUAUUUAGUGUAUAAGUAAAAAAACAAUUUAAAAUUCUAUUUCAUAAUCUAAUAAUUAUUUUAUACAUUUUUAAAACAAAUUAUAAUUAAGGAAAUUAAUAUAUAUGAGCUGGAAAUUUUACGAAAUACAAUCUGAGAUUAAUUUCACACUUAUAAUUUUAUUAUAAGGUUAUUAAGUAUAAGUACUUUUUUUAUAAACACUUGGACAUUGUCUUAAUUUGAAAAUGAAUAGCUAUUUUUAACUUUUCAUUUUGGGAUGGAUUAAACUCUUAAUAGUUGACAAUUUAGUUACAAUAUAUUCACAGAUUUCGAUGAUCAUGUUAUAAUCUGUGAUAAAUUUAAGCAUUUUUUGUAAAUAUACUUUAUAUUAAUGAUUUAAUUAAAAAUUAUGUUUUAAU